UUCAUUCGCAAGAAAGACGCCGAACGGUACAGAGCUUCACUGUGUAUUACGCUCGCCUGUAUUAUCUGAAAUAUAUUUUCGUUUCCUCGAAGUUUUUUUUUCAGUUUCGUUGAAUAUAUUUUUGUUUAUUUUACUCUAUCAAUUUUUGGUUGAACUUUUUUUUUAUUGUCACUUGGAGAUUGUUGUGGCACGCGUGUAUAUGUUUUACCCACAUACCCGAACCCGGUUAAUAAAUGAUCUUUGUUGAAGAAAAAAAAUUCGUUGAUUUCGAUUGGUGAUUUUUGAUUUCUGGGUUAAAGAAAAAUUGAAAAAGAUGUGCGGUUAGUGUGUCAAUAAAAUCCGAGUUAAACGUUGUGUUCCUGUACAAAAAUGACUAAUUACUUCGAAUGAGAAAAAAAUAAUAAUGAAAUUCCAACUAUCGAUUUAAUAACAAAAAGUUGUUUGGCGUGUUAUUUUCAAAGUUUUUUUUUGUGUGAACUGUGUGAUAUGUUAUGUUACAUAUACAUUGUAUAAAAAUCGUUUUUAUAACAAAAUAUAUAUAAAUAUCCGUACACAGCGUUGUGAAUUUUGAAUAAUUUACCUUGGGGCUCUUUUAAUUAUUUAUUCUACCGAACGAAGGAAAAAGUGUUUGCUGGUGAGACUCAUAUUAUACCUUACAUUCAUUUACAAACGUAAGCCCAGUCGAAUUGUUGGAUGUUAAACACAAUUUUAUCGUUAUAUGGUUGAAUGUGAAUAAAAAUAUGGUUAAACCAUAUAUAUACGAAAUGAAUGAAUGAAUGGAUUUCUUUCUACCAUUCAUGCUUAGCACUCGAAUCUUGACGCAGUUGUAUAUUAUAAUAUCGUGAACUUUAAACGGAAAACAAUUCAGAAAAGCGAAUUUCUCGGUAAAAUUAUGAUAAUUGGUGAAUUUAAUGCAAACAAUCUCGUGGAAUUCCCUUAACUCUUACACAUAAUAAACAUCACGCAUAUUGUGUUAUGGUGUACAUUUUUACAAAAACAGUAAACACAACAGCAGUUUAUGUUCAGUAAUCAAAUGUGCAAAUUCCAUUCGGAAAGAGGAUUUACUUAUUGAGAAAGUGGCUACCAAGGUGGCCUUUAACGGUGACGGAUCGGAGCGCCGGUGGGUGCGUCAAGCAGUAAUGGGUGUUCUACGUUGGAGAGAUUUGCCGGGUGCACGUAGUUCGAUGGGAUCCGCAGUCGUACAUCGAGAGGGUUCACGUGAAGAACGAGUGCCCAAUUUACAUGCAUCACACGAACCAAAUAACUCACACCAAAACACAACCUCACGUAAUUUACGGCAUUCACUUAGUACAAAUUCCGGAUCGACUCCAGCCUCACCCCAGUUAAACCAUCACUUGUCCAAUGGCCAUCAAUACCAUUCACAAUCAUCAGUCAGCUCGCAUUCAUCAUCCAUUAUAUCGACGAUUCCAGCAUCACAGCGUGUACUUGAAGACACUCUGUCCAGAUCCGGUCCGUAUCCCAUGAUUGUGUUACCAAAUACGGGAUAUUGGCUGGAUGGCACAGAUCACGAAUGUGCGUUCGAUUCACGCGGCAAUGCGGUGCUACCACAUGGGGCUUGGCGUGCUAAAUUCGAAACCGAUGACACAGCCAAAUGUUAUCGACGAUUUUUCGUUACCCGUGAACAUUCAAAUUUGGUUGGACAUGAUGAUGUUUUGGGACCAGUUCUGCUAUCUAUUAAAAACGAGAAUGUGGCUAAUCAAGAGCAUGUUCGAAUAUUGUUGAGACUUAAAACUGGAACAAUGCACGAAAUAAUCCCAUUGUCGUGUCUUGCACCGAAUCCCUCACCGGUUAAAAUGGCCAGGUUACUAAACGAUCAAAUCAAUGUGGAUAACUUUAUGCCAGUAUUAUGUCCGAAGACAUCAGCUUUGAUUGCCAGCUAUGACGAACAUGUUUUGGUUUCGACAUUUAAAUUUGGUGUUUUGUACCAGAGGUUCGGUCAGACCACCGAAGAAGAGUUGUUUGGCAACAAUAACACUUCACCGGCGUUUGAGGAGUUUUUGGAAGUAUUAGGUGAUAAGAUACAGUUGAAGGAUCACAAGGGCUACAGAGGUGGCUUGGAUAUUCAAAACGGUCACACAGGUGAUCUAGCAAUUUACGAAGUAUUUAAAGAACGUGAGGUCAUGUUUCAUGUGUCGACAAUGCUACCGUACACCGAUGGCGAUCCACAGCAAUUACAAAGGAAGCGACAUAUUGGCAACGAUAUUGUGGCUAUUGUGUUUCAAGAAUCGAACACACCAUUUUCACCGGACAUGAUUGCCAGUCACUUUUUGCACGCAUUCAUUGUCGUUCAGCCACUCGACGCAAAUUCACCCAACACAAGGUACAAAGUAUCUGUCACCGCUCGCGAUGAUGUUCCAUUUUUUGGACCCACUCUACCAAAUCCUUCAGUAUUCCGAAAAGGUCCGGAAUUUAAGGAAUUCUUAUUGACGAAAUUGAUAAAUGCCGAGAAUGCGUGUUACAAAGCGGAGAAAUUUGCAAAAUUAGAAUUGCGCACCAGAUCUUCGCUGCUAAUGAAUUUGGUCGAGGAACUUAAAGAGAAGACUCGAGAUUUUUUGGGUGCUGAUUUGGUUGGUGGUGCUACGUCACCAGCUCCUGAUACACCCAAAUCGGAUAGCAGUACGGCUGGUUCUCGAUUUAUUGACACAGUCAAGAAGGCGCUAAUAGCCAGAGUCCGAUCGCAACCGAAUGAUCCGAAUGGAACACUUGAAAAUGGAAAGAAAAAGCACAAAGAGUCGGGUCUCGUCGAUGUGAAUAAUGUCAAUAUGGCACGAUCAAAUUCAAAAACAUCGAGCAGCUCGAAGAAGUCUCAAAAUGAUUCUGCAGCAUCGUCACCCGAUAUUACGUCUCGCGGUCCACUAAGUUUGAACAACAACAACAACAAUAAUAACAAUGGACCAAUAGCCGCCACCAUGUCUGAAACGAGUGACGAUUCCAGUCUGAACAGCGUUGAUUUGGAUCCCAUCGUGUUUCCGAAUAUAGAUGCGGGUGCUACUUACAUAGACAGUGAUACUGGAUUGGAAUCGAUGUCAUCGGCCGAAGCAACGACGAAGGCAUGUUCAUUGUGCUUGGAUGGCAGCAAUGGGAUCGGGGCUCAUGGUCAGAGUAUUGGUGCGGGUAUGCCGUCUUCAGAAGCCGGAAUGCAAAUUGAUGGACUGAGACAGGAAGUGACUCGAUUAAAAUGUGAUAAGUUAGAUCUGCUACGACAGAAUGUGACAUGUCAGCGCGACAUAAAACGUUUACGUGAACGUGAACUAUCGCUACAAGGAGAUCUGGCUGCAGCCGGCAAAGAAAUUCUAAGGCUACGUGAUUUACUGAAGGAAUACAUGCCACCGAAUGGUUCAACAUCACAUUCAAUUCCGAUGUAGACGAAACAAGACAGUUUUUGAAUUCAGCCGCACAACAUUUAUAAAAAAUAUUUAUCCAAAAUAAAUGUCUUCACAACCAGGCUAUUUUAAGAUAAAAGAAAAUGAAAAUGAAAGAAAAAUUAAUGAAAAAUGUCACAUUAUAUUUUUAUAGAUGUUCAAUGUUGAUGCAGCACAUUUAUAUACACACACAGGCACCAGACACAUACAUAUUAUUCAAUGAGCCUAAAUUGAUUUACUUUUACAAAAAACAAAAUGGCUUACUAAAUCAUUGUUAGAGAAGAUUAUUACAAAGAAGAAGAAAGUUUCAAAAAAAAAAUUUAUUAAAAUGUAGAAAACAAAAAUUGCACUGACUUGCUACAGCUACAGCUACAGCAUUAUGGUAGAUGUUGAUAUGAGAUAACAAAAAAAAAAACUACUUAAAAAAAAGAUGAAUGUCAAUUAAAUGUUUUUUAAAUGUAAAUAUGAAAUUAAGAAAAUAUAAAACCAAAAUGUACGUUUUUGAGAAAGACGUCUCUUACAUCUAUAAUACA